AUGGGCUGGCAUAAGCCCGAAAACUUUGCUGGCUCGUCGAUACGCGCCAUUCUUGUCGGUUUGUUUGUGUCCUCAGGGGGUUUACUCUUUGGCUACGAUGUGGGAGUUAUCAAUGGCGUCCUUGCCAUGGACGUCUUCCAGAACGACUUUGCUACCGAUCAAACCUGCAGAGACGAAAAUGGCCACAUAGAUCUAUGUCCUAAAGAUUCAUCUCUUAUCGUUGCUAUUCUCAGUGGCGGAGCUGUUGUUGGCUCAAUACUUGCUGCUCCAGCUGGUGAUAGCAUUGGUCGACGCAAAACAUUGUUUCUUGCUGUGGUGACCUUUUGUAUUGGGGCUAUUUUUCAGGUGUGUGCUCAAGCCACUCCCAUGUUGCUAGUUGGCAGAGCGUUGGCAGGUGUUGCUGUAGGAGCUACAUCAGUUCUCGUGCCUCUUUAUCAGUCUGAGACGGCACCGAAAUGGAUCCGAGGAAGCAUAAUUUGCGCCUAUCAACUCUCCAUCACGGUUGGAAUUCUCGCUGCAACCAUCAUCAACGUCAUUACGGCAGGUAUCAACAGCGCAGCCGCCUACCGUAUCCCUCUAGGACUGCAACUAGUGCCUGGCGUUAUCCUUGCAUUCGGCAUCAUGUUGCUCCCAGAGACGCCUCGCUUUUUGGUCAAAAAGGGACGCAAUGACGACGCUGGUAUUUCCCUUAGUCGGUUCCGCAGGCUUGACAUUACUCAUCCUGCUCUUGUGAACGAGCUACAGGAGAUCAUCGCCAACCAUCAAUAUGAGAUGACACUGGGCCAUGAUACCUACCGAGCUCUUUUCACAAGGAACUCAUCCCUUGGGCAUCGGACCCUGACGGGAUGUGGUUUGCAAAUGUUGCAGCAGCUCACCGGCAUAAACUUUGUCAUGUACUACGGUACAACCUUCUUCAGUAGAUCCGGCGUCAGUAAUCCGUUCAUCAUCAAUCUCGUCAUGAUUAUAGUCAAUUGUGUUUGUACAGUACCUGGUCUCAUCGUUAUCGAGUCUUGGGGAAGACGGAAGCUUCUCAUGGCCGGUGCGUUGGGCAUGGCAAUAUGCCAGUUUAUCAUCAGCGCAGUAUCCACGGCAAACGAGAAAUCGUCCCAGGACCUCGGGAACGCAUCCAACAUGGCUCUCAUCGUCUGCUGUGCGAUCAACGUAUUCUUCUAUGCCUCAUCGUGGGGACCUGUCACUUGGGUUGUUACUUCAGAGAUCUUCCCCCUCAAGUUGCGAGCAAAGGCAAUGUCGGUGUCGACGACAGCGAACUGGCUAUUAAACUUUGCCGUUGCUUAUGCGCCUCCAUUUAUUCUGGGGAGAGGGGCUGACGCGUUUGGGUUGAAGAUCUUCUUCAUUUGGGGUACAUUUUGUAUCCUUGCUAUCGUCUUUGUCUGGUUCAUGGUGUACGAAACUAGUAGGAUGACACUGGAACAGAUUGAUGAGAUGUACGAGCGUGUGAGUUAUGCGUGGGAAAGCCCAGGGUUCAAUCCGAGCUGGAGCUUCCAAGAGAUGCGCAAUACUGGGUGGGCAAUCAAUGCGCCAGCAGCUGAGCUACAGAGUACUACUUCGGCGUCUAACAAUAUCAGUUCUUCAAAUACAGAAAAUGGGGCCCAUGAUCAGCACUCGGUGCACUCAAACACUCCACCGAAUUCUGCAACUCCCAUAGCAAAUGUCGACUUUAGUUACUAG